CAGGAAUGAAGCCCGUUCAAGGAUGCAAGUCUUAUGUUGCGUUCAAUGACCGAACGAAAUUGUAACUUACAAGUAAAAUGAUCAUUUUGUAAAAUAUAAUUUCAAAAUUAAGAUACUUUGAAGAAAGUGUGUACAUAAAUAUCAAAACAAAAGACGUUUGUUCAUUUUGGCUUCCCGACGCGACUUGUUUUUGCAGUGUUUGGAAAAAAAACUCCGAUAAGCCUCAAAUGCACCAUUAUUUGCCAGACAUCCAGAAAGUGGAAUGAGCAGUCAUGGUUUCUUGCUUUUUAAACCAUGGCUAAACAGUACGAUAUUUUGUUCAGACUGCUUCUUCUCGGAGACUCCGGGGUGGGAAAGACCUGUAUGCUACGCAGGUUUGCCGAAGGGGAAUUCGAUCCAUCACACAUUUCCACCAUCGGAGUUGAUUUCAAGAUGAAAACCUUAGUGAUUGAUGGAAUCAGGGUGCGAGUGCAGAUCUGGGAUACAGCGGGUCAGGAGCGCUAUCAGACUAUCACCAAACAGUAUUACAGGCGGGCACAGGGGAUCGUUUUUGUGUACGACAUCACAGACGAGCCGUCCUUUCUGCACAUCGGGAAAUGGGCCAGCGAUGUGGAUGAAUAUGCUCCUGAAAAGGUUCAGAUGAUCCUGGUUGGAAACAAAGCGGACAACGAGCCCAAGAGACGGGUAACAAAAGCUCAAGGAAGCAAGCUCGCUGAGGCUUAUGGGAUGGAGUUCUUUGAGGCAAGCGCCUCCACAAGCAGAAACAUCAAGGAGUCAUUCACGCGUGUAACAGAACUGGUGUUACAAGCUUACAAGAACGACGUGGAUCAUUUGUUGGGGUCUCUGGAUGACUAUCUGGACAGAGCUGCUCUGCAGGACCAGAAAGAUGAUCAAGAUGCUUCGAGGACCUGUGCCUGUUGAAACUAAAGAUCGGUCAGCACGGUGUAAACCUCCCAUCCCUGCCUUUUAAUGAAGACGUAUCCCACAGGAGGAUUCUGAGUUGCUUUCAAUUCCUAAAAUGAUGUGGUUUUAAAUGCAGUUAGCAUCACAUGCCAGCAGAGGGCGACAUUUUCGAUCACUGUCACUGAAUUUUGCACACAAAAAAAAACUCUCACUCUCACUGCACAUUUUCACCCCCCCCCCCCCCAUGCAUAUUUGCAAAACAUAUCUACGACUAUGUGGUUACUUUCUUUCUUAUGAUUUGAAAAGUGUCCUCAUUUCAUUAAAGCUCGCAUUAGGUUGAUAGUGAGAGAUGACAACCGCCUCGCUUUUGGCUGGGUUGAAUUAUUUAUACCUGGAAACUCAAACCAAACAUGAGUGAAUUGAAUUUAUUUACACGCUUGCCUCCUUCCAGAAGCCUAAAGUGCCAUGCCGAGCAAUCUUUGUGUAUACAGUAACCUCAUUAUCGCUUUUUGGGGUGUUAAAAGUGUGCUGCUUUUAAAAAUGUGAUCCGUUUAGGAUGUUCUCAGGUGUCCCAGAUAAGUUAUUAGUCAAAUUUAGUGAAACAUGAAAUAAUAUGCAAGCAAAUAAAUACAGCUUUUUCACUAACAAUAUAUUAAGAAAGUGUUGCUGAGUCAUUAUAUCAGGACCUAGGGUGUAGGGUGGGGUAUAAUGCGCUUCAUUCAAUAGAAUUAUUCAUUUUUUCAUCACAUAGUGCAGUGUGACAGGUGAUCACUUAAAUUUUUUAUGUUGGGGAAAACUGAUAUGUAUCAUUGAUAUGCCUGACCUUUUGUUUUUAAGUAUUUAUUAAAAAAAUAUAAUAAA